UAGCGGCCUGGGUAUCGUGCCCCGUCUCCCGCUAACCCAGCUCUCUCUCUCUCUCUCUCUCUCUCUCUCUCUCUCUCGACUGCCUGAACGCCUUCGGACCUUACUACAUCAACUACUACAGCCGUGUGCGGGGUGUGCGUGUGAGUGUACGAGACGAGACCAGCAGCAGCAGCAGCGGGGUUUUGCUACUUUCGGCUGGGCCAGUUCAGUAUACAUAAGGUGGUGGUGUGGUGCACCAGUGCACAGGGAACAAGAGGAGUUGGUGGUGCGGCAAGUGUUUAUUUGUAGUGUCUGUGCGAGGGUUAACACACACACACACACAUUCUCUCUCUCUCUCGCACACUCACACGGAUAGCUCCCGUGUGUGUUUCUUUGAAGGCCUUAUUGUGUGGGAGCACCUGUGCCUUAUCUUUAUGUAGACUAGAACUCGAAGUGGUUGGUUGAUGGUGGUUCGAUAUAUAAAUACUGUUUCUCCUCCUCUUCAUCUCGGUUAUGGCGACGGCGGUGGAAGUGUAGGCAAAAGGACGAUGGCCGAGACACCGCCUGCACAGUUAUUGUUGGCCGUGCCCUCGUCUCUCGCAUUACCCAGGAUGAAGUGAAUGUUCGUUCGUCAUUUUUGUGAUUUACCAUAAAUCGAAAAAAAAAAAAAGUUCCGUUGUACUAUCCGAUGAUUGUGCCUUUUAGUGAAUAAUCCAUUUGGCUGUGCACAGUUUAAUCGACUGGUAUUCUUAAAUACUGAAGGCUCCACCAACUUCUGCGACCUAGUGUUUUCCGUGUGAAUGCAUUUGUUUUAUAUUUUCUAUCUGAAUUUGCCAUCAUCGCCUUAACCAUCAUGCCUUGCAGCUGUUUUGGAAAGAAAGAUAAAAAGACAGGACCUCUGAAAAAUGAAGAAGAGAAAUACCGGCCUCGGGAUGGGCAGGAAAGAGCCCUGCUCGUUCCUGCUGGCUCUGGCCUAACUACUACAUCUGCUGCAGAGGCCAAAAAGCAACAGCAACAACAACAGCAACAGCAGCAGCAACAACUUCUAGGAUCAGCACCACCAGCACCGGUAACUCCACCAUCUACACCGUCUGGAGAUGUACGCCUAAGGCCAGAAGAUGAUGCUGAUAAAGCCAACCGUAGAAGGGAUGUUGUUGCUUCAUUCUACAGUGAUCAGUGCGAACUCAUUGGAUUUAAAGCCACAGGAUCUCGACCUCCUUCAGCCCAUGUGGGACAUCAUGAUGGUCCUGCAGCAACAUCCUCCCCUGCAACAUCAUCGCCUUCGUCCACCCGCUCUGCAGGAGCCUGCUGUAGGGCAGAUUUAGCAGAGAAACGACGAGAGUUCUUCAAGGACUUGGCCAAUGAUGACAGCUUCUCUCGAGGGUCCCGACCUACAUCUCGAUUGACAGAUCCUGGCUCACAACAGACCCCUCGACACUCACACUAUCAAGAACAACUUCACCAUACCCUUCCCUACCAUAGUAAGGCCAAUAUUAGGUCAAAUAAAGUCUCCACUCAUCCUCUAGUCUUGCAACAAGGUAUUCACAGAAACUCUGCUCCUGGGUCUUCCUCCACUUCAGAGGAAAAACAGCCUCUCUUACUCCAUUCCUCCCCAUCUCCUGAACAAGCACCAAAGAUAAAACAUGUCAGUCCUGAUAUCUCUGUGUCUAAAAUCCCAAACCAUUCUGGUAAUGAAGUGGUCUCAGAAUGUAUACCGUAUGAUGACAUAUCCGAUGAAACGCCCCUACUCUCAGAUAAUGAGGAACGUACACAGGUGAUUCCCGAGACUAAGGUGUCUACCACAAUUCAGAAAUUACCAGAUGAAAUUUCACUAAAUUUGGUUGAUCAGGCACCCCCAAAAGCUGCACACAUUGUUAUGGAAUCUAAAAGCCCAGAAUUACUUGUUGAUAUAUCCCCAACAGAAAUUAUGGUUAAUAAAGUUGAAGUGAAAGCAUCAGAUCCCGCAGAAUUUUUGGAAAAUUCCAGAACACCAUUUGAUAAGCCUUUAAUAAAUAACCCUGAAGUAAUUUGUGAAAUGCUAGUAUCAGAAAAUUCCAAAUUUGCCGAAUCAACAGCUGAUCUUAAGACACCAGUUCAUGUGGUCGAUGUUACUACAUCUCAGAGCCCUCAGUUAACUUUAGGAUCUUGCAAUGGAAGGCAAGAGGUUGGUAUGGAUGUACCUGCUCCUGAAAGUGAACUAUUCACUAAUAAUGAAUAUAAAUCUGAAGACUUGACUCACGUCGUUGAUAAUUCUCAUAUAGUUUUUAGCUCUGAAAAUGUUCAUCCCUUUGCAGAGUUUGGAACUCCAGGUUCAGUAGUUGAACCUUAUUUUGGAGAGCAUUUUGUUCCUCAUGACAGUCAUCAGUUUGAUCAUGAAUUCUCUCAUGAAAGUCAACCCCAGACACUUAUUAUUGAUAAUGAAGCACUUAAAGAACCACGUUUCGAUGGUGGACCACAGACCAUUGUUGAGACAACCCGUCAGUUUAUUUCUGCUAGUUCUGAAAUUCCUAUUCAGCAAAAAAAAUCACAGACCAUCGUUGAAACUACUAGACAGUUUAUUACAGGGCCACCUGAAGAACAAACUACAAAAACACUUGUUGAAACAACGCACCAGUUUCUCUCUGAUGAAAAUCCUGACGAACCGAAAUCUCAGACUAUAGUUGAAACUACCCGUCAUUACAUAUCCGGCAUCCCUGAAGAUGAAGAAACUAAGAUGUUUUUGGAAGAUGCAGCACAGCAGGUCCUUUCAGGAAUGCCUGUUGGACAGGUGAAUCUAAAGACAACAGAGCCCUUCAUUUCAGGAAGCCCCGAUGAACAAAUUACACACGCUAUUGUCCAGACCACACAGCAUUUAGUUUCAGGAAGUCCAGGUGAACAACAAAUAAUAGAAUCGUCUCAAGAAAUGUUCCCGAGCUCCAAUGGUAAUUUCUUUUUGACUUCUGUUGAGGAGCUUGAUGAUAUACCAGAAAAAUUGAUAAUGCAGACUGGAACUACUGUAGUGACUACUACUACGACGAUGACUGAAAAGCCUGUAGCACCACCUAGAACCCAUCUGACUGAUUUACCCGAAGAAGAAAAAGAAGAACCAAAGUUACCUGAAGUUCCCUGUUUUGGUGCCCCACCACCUCCAGCCACUCCACCGUCACCUCUUCUAGAGGGCAAGUUUGUAGAGGAGUCAGUUGCAUCCCCCCCAGUCACAUCGUUUAUAGCCUUUGGUGAAGAGGAGACCUUACCUUCAGCACCUCCCGUACCAAGUGCAGAGCAAGGAACUCUCCACUCCACGCUGUCAGUCCUUGAGGAGAACAGGCAGUCUGUGGACUUUGCAUUUGAUAUGCCAAGUCUUGAGAACAUUCAACAGCAGCUGCUGCCUUCUUCACCAUCACCACCACCACCAUUCUUGGAAAACGAACAAUUACCUCCGACUCUCAUCACCCCUCUUAGGGAAGACAAUGAGCUUCCUACACCACCAACUCCCCCAACAGGGGAAAAGAGGGAAGAAACGGCCCUUUCUACCUCCGUCUGCACCACCACUACCACCACCACUACUAUCAGUUCAACCCCUGGAGUAACUUGCGGGGUUGAGAUAGUCUCCUCGUCUACCUUGGAGGAUGAUGGCAUAGGUUCUGAAAUUGACGACGCCCUGGAAUCCAUUGAAGGUCUCUCUGAAGAAGAGUUGGUCAACAUCAUGGCAGGAGAGUUAGCUUCACUCGUGUCUCGACUGGAGACAGCCGUCGAGAGGCUGGAGAAAGUCGGCAGUGUCCCUGGGAAGGCGGCGUCUGGAGGAGGUUCUGCCGGGGGAACGGCGCUCAACACACAAGCUCAGGAAGAACGACGUGAUGGCUUGAUUUGGGGUGAGGAGUGUACAGUCCCAUACGUCCUGGCAUACGAUGACUUGCUCUCAGGGCCAUUUAAGGUGUUCGUGGACUGCAGCAACCAAAUUGGUGGUGAUGUUGCAACCAUUGCCAAACUAGUUCAGGAGACUUUCAUUAACCAGCGAGCCUUCCUUGUUAUGGCUUCCAAGAGCCAGCGACCCCUAGAUACAGAGUUACCACAGGUGCUGGAACCAACUGGGAAGAAGAUUCAAGAAGUUAUCGCCUUCCGUGAGUCAAAACGGCAGUCUCCUCUCUUCAACCAUCUCUCUGCUGUUUCUGAGUCCAUUCCAGGGUUAUCCUGGGUAGCAGUUACUCCAGCUCCUGGUCCUUAUGUGAAAGAAAUGGGAGAUUCUGCUAUUUUCUACACCAAUAGAGUUCUAAAAGAAUACAGGGAGAAAGAUAAGUUACAUGUUGAAUGGGUCCAGAACUGGAAUAAUGUCUUCAAAGAAUUGCAGUCAUAUGUCUUAGCACAUCAUACGACAGGUCUCUCUUGGAACACUCGUGGAGGCAAUGCCAUGAAUAACCUCAAGCCUGCACCUGCCAAUUGUGGAGUACCUCCACCUCCUCCACGCUAGAGUUCUUAUAGGAUUUCCUUUUCUCAGCUUUUUUGUUUUGUAUCAUUUAUUACUUUUGGUAACUUUUUUUAUGGGUCUUUUGCAGUAAAUUAUGUACUUAUAUUAAUGCUCUUAGAACAUUGCUUGUUACCUUUAGUCGAAUUUGGUUUUUUGUGCACAAUAAUUGAAUUAGUAGAAGCUUAUGGUGAAUCAUUGGCUUAUACCAAACUCCUAGUGUUAAUUGUUCCUUUGAUGUAACUCUUAGUAUUAAUUGUAGCAUUUUUUUAUGCUUAAUCAUCUUUACAUGUAAUAUCAACAUGGAAAACUUUAUACAAGAACUGUAUUCAUAUACUAUAUUCAUGGAACGUGUGGUACUCCAUAAUAUAUACUCUAUAUCAUUUAAAUGUUAGAUCAAGACACUUGGAAAUCUCUCCCUGAUUUGUAAUCAUUCAAACUCUAAAGGUUGUUGAUAUCUUUCUGUUAAAUGAACCCACUAUUCAGUGUUAGCACUCAAAUUUAAUUUAGUAAAUUUAUUGCCAGUAUUAUUUAAUAUAUAUUUUUCCUGUCUAUGGUAAAGUAACAUUUUUAUACCAUCUUACUUCAAAGGUUUUGUUUCAAUGACCUUUGUUGAAAGAAAUCAUAAAGUUUAAAAGCAAUCAAAGAUGACUAAGAAGAGUAUAUUUUAGCUCGCUAAUUCCUUUGCUCCUUGAGGUUUUUACAGGAAGGUAUGGUGACAUUUAGAAGUGUUUUUCAAGACUUGCAUCAAUUGAAGUGUUGUGAAAAGGAUGUUAAAUCCAUGGCAUGAUCAAUUUAAUUUGUUGUAUAUUUGGUUAUGAUUAAAUGCAGUGUAUGGUUUUCAUGUCUGGUAGUGCCUUAUAUUCUGUGAGUUCAUUUUAUGAACAUAUGUUCAUAAUUAUGACUUCAGAUGUUCAAAUUAAUAUGUAUAUAGAAAGGCAUGAAUGUCCUUAAAAGUGUUACCUUAAUAAAGAUUGAACAGUUUGUAUACUAAAGAGCUGUAAUCAAAUGUCAGUAUUAGAGCAUCUGAAUAACAAUAUGUAUUUGGAUUAUGUGCUUCAUGAGUUUGAAAUACGUAAAACAAUAUCCCCCUUUAAGUCUGCGUUAUGACUCAUUUAGGAUCUAUUAAGAAAUACUGCUUUCAUAAUUCAUAAACAUACUAGUAUAAUGUUUACAUGAAGCUUUGUGCAUUAACCACUCAUGUCACAAUGAGGCAUUAAAUGAAAUUUAGGGUUUAAACUGAUAGCCUUGGCUGGGUAAAACAAUGAGGUUAAGAAUACAUUUACAGUUGUGAUUUUCCAAGUAAAUUUCCUGCACUGUUUUCAGUGUGCAUACAAAGGCAUUGAAAGGUAAUCCACAUAAUAUAUAGAAAUAUUUUCUGUUGUGGCAGUAACAUUAGUGAACCAAAUUGAAGAAUAAUAAUUGAUACUAUAUUACUUCUUUGUAAUAAAUGGAACAGUAGUCAUUGUAAGAAUAAGGCAACUUUGUGAAAAGCAGACUACUCUUUCUGCUGAUUUAAAUAAUUGACCAGUUUCCAUAAGAAAUAGAGAACAGGAAAGUGAACUUAGAUUUUGCAUUUAUCUUUUGAUUAUUGUGGUAUGAAAAAUAAAAAAAAAAAUUACUGUACAUUGUGCUCUUAAUAAAGCACUAUUGGUAUGAUGCAUAUCAAUCACACUCCCUAGUCAGUUUGCACUUGUGCACAGGUGUGAUAAGAACCUAAAUACAAGAGUACUUAAUCUCUAUAUGCUAAUUGAACAGGUCUUCACAUAAGAGUUUUGUAGCUGUGUCUUAGCUGACAGGGCUCUAUCAGUAUGUUAACUGCUGGGUACACGAGAGUUUGCGCUUUUCAUGUACACACACCUGUGUUGGUGAUAAAUUUAUUAUGAUUACUUGGUAAGUCAUUGAAAUUAAAAUCUUACACAGAUACAUAUGCAACUCUGUUUAAUUACAUAAAAAACCUUUCACAACAGUAUACGUAUAUGGUAUUUCAUAUGCUUUAUGUAGAUAUUUAGCCUGAAUGAAGAGGAAAAAGUAUUUCAGUGAUUUGUAAAGUGAUUGAACAUAUUUUUUAUGGCCUGGUUAUUGUGUUGCUUUUGUGCUAAUGUAAGGAAUUACCAAGUUUGCUAAUGAGUUGUACUGGUUUGUAAUAGUGAGUGCAGUAAAUUGUUCAUUUAUAUU